CUGGUCGGGUCUCUGCUCUCCCGCUCCGGAGCCCGCAGCCAGCCCCAGCGGAUGCCGGGGACUCGGACCCCGCACCCUGAGAGUCUUUGUUAAUGGAUGUGGUGGCCCGAGGCACCACGACCCGAAGGAGCAGGUUGAAAAGAUCCGAUGGCAGCACCACUUCGACCAGCUUCAUCCUCAGACAGGGUUCAGCAGAUUCCUACACGAGCAGGCCGUCGGACUCGGAUGUCUCUUUGGAAGAGGACAGGGAAGCGAUUCGGCAGGAGAGAGAGCAGCAAGCCGCUAUCCAGCUUGAGAGAGCAAAGACCAAACCUGUCGCCUUCGCUGUGAAAACGAACGUGAGUUACUGUGGAGCCCUGGAUGAGGAUGUGCCUGUUCCUAGCACAGCCAUCUCCUUUGAUGCCAAGGACUUUCUACACAUUAAAGAGGUAAAUGUAGGGCACUCUGUGUCCCUUAACCUCCCACGGGGAGAAGGAGAGAUCGAUGGGAAAGGAGAGCGAGGCAAAGGAGGAAAGUUUUUGAGUAGGCAAGAAGGGAAAUCCAGUGGAAAUUCCUCUUCAAGUCUUGGAGAAAUGGUAUCAGGGACAUUUCGAGCAACGCCCACGUCAACAGCAAAGCAGAAGCAAAAAGUGACGGAGCACAUCCCUCCUUACGAUGUUGUGCCAUCCAUGCGUCCGGUGGUGUUAGUGGGGCCGUCUCUGAAGGGUUAUGAGGUUUUACAGAGGUUGAUUAAAUCUAGAGGAAAGUCCCAAAGUAAACACUUAAAUGUGCAACUGGUGGCAGCUGAUAAACUGGCACAGUGUCCCCCAGAAAUGUUUGAUGUUAUAUUAGAUGAAAACCAGCUGGAGGAUGCAUGUGAACACCUGGGAGAAUAUCUCGAGGCAUACUGGCGUGCCACCCACACAACCAGUAGCACCCCAAUGACCCCACUGCUCGGAAGGAAUUUGGGCUCAACAGCACUCUCACCCUAUCCCACAGCAAUUUCUGGGUUACAGAGUCAGCGCACGAGGCACAGCAACCACUCCACAGAGAACUCUCCAAUUGAAAGACGAAGUCUAAUGACCUCCGAUGAAAAUUAUCACAAUGAAAGGGCUCGGAAGAGUAGGAACCGCUUGUCUUCCAGUUCCCAGCACAGCCGAGAUCAUUACCCUCUUGUGGAAGAAGAUUACCCCGACUCCUACCAGGACACUUACAAACCCCACAGGAACCGAGGAUCGCCUGGAGGUUACAGCCAUGACUCCCGGCACCGGCUUUGAGUCCGCAGAAACAGACAAAAAAAUUCAUCUGUUGACAAUUUGCCAUAGCACUGCUAGGAUAAACUAAUCAUCUUAACUUGGCAAGUACAGCGCAGUAUUUACUGUGCUUAUGGGCUGCUGUCAUUUGAUGCUAAGUAAGGGCCAAAAAAAAAAAAA